AUGCUUGAUCUCCCACCUGAGAUCGUGGAGCAGAUUCUACUGGAACUCGAUCCGGUCGACAUAGCGUUCGUUGCGCAAUCCUGCAGCCUUCUACACACAUAUAUCUACGAGUCACCAGAUCAACGUCUAUGGCGUCUUUUAUAUCUGGCAGAACCUCUCGACGAUCCGAGCAAGUGCCGGACAGCCCUUGGCGACCCCCUGCCUUCAGCAGUCGACUGGAGGACUCGCCUACAGUGUAUUGUCAGGGCGCAGACUGUCAUCAAGGAUGGCGCAAAGUUCUCAUCCGAAGAGCGUUGCUCCGUUCUGAACACACUGCUAGACCUGGCGUGCAGUCUACCCCCAGCUCCAAACUCUGCAAGCGCCGGCCAGCUGUCCCUGAACCUCGUCUGGCUGGCUUUGCGGCUCGGUGGGGGCAAGUUCCUGGAGCACGCUCAGCCAUCUGAAGAAGAAGUCCAACUGUGCAGCCACCUGCAUACAUGCUAUGGUUUGACAAUGGCCGACUACGAUCCCGCCAAGCGCGUAGAGUCGCGCGCCUACGUGUAUGCCAUGCGCCGUUACAAGUGGGACAACGAGUUUGGGCCGUUCAUGAUGGACGGCAGCGGCCGCGUCAACUGGGAACACAUGCUGAAGAUACACCACGUUGUUUCCAUGCAGAUUGUAGAGCCGUAUCAACCUACCGACUCGGAGCGGUGGGGGAUGACACUCUACCCCAUGAGCCUCCCAUAUUGUCAGAGCAUCAUUCCGGAAGGUCUCGACCUGAACCAAGUGGACGAUUGGGCAGGCGUUGCGGGCAUUUGGCGGUGCACAUUCUGCUUUGUGGAUCAUCGAGAGCUUCUUGUCUAUAAUAGCUUCAAUCUGUCGGACAAUCAUCCACUGCAGGUCAUGAUUUUCGAGGAUCCAGAAUUUGUGGAAAUAUGUCGCUCGAGGAACGUCGUCAUGCGAGUUCUCUCUACGGAGCCCGAUCCAGAUCAUCCAACCCGGCCCAAGAUUAACUUUGCGGGCUCGAUCGACAACCACGCUACCAUGGUGGGCUGGCUCAAAGUGACCCCAGACAAUCAGAUUCGUUGGCACUUUGUAAGCGGGUUCAGCAGCGAGUUCGCUCUCUCUGAAGGCGUGCAAGUGGGAGGCGUACGAUCGAGCUUUGGCGUAUUGGGCGCUUGGACCACAGUACACCAUGAUAGGCACGAUCCAGUCGGUACGAAUGAGAUGUAA